GUUUCUCUCUCGUCUCUCGUCCUGGGCGCAGAUAAUCCGGACGACCCGUCAGGCAAAGAGGUGUACGUGGUCAGCCCUUCUUGCGGCUACUACAAAUGCAAGGUAAACUGGGCAAGAGGCUCAACCCAACAUGUCACAUGGUGGAAUGCUCCUGCUGGGGGGCUCAACAUACAUCUCGUCCCCACCAAGGGCUCGGGCAAGAGCUACACAAUCACGUCCAAGGUCGGUUCAAUCCACGACCAAUCGAGCUGUAAGGCGCAAGCGCCCAAAGGGGAGAGCUGCGGAAGCUACGAAUGGAAGGUGCCUACCGAUGUGGCCCUUGGGGAGUACACGGUAGAGGCCAGGAGCGUGGCUAAGCCCAAGGUGGUCGGCUACACGGAUACUGUGGUGAUCGGGAAGACAAAGGGCAGC